AUGGUCGCAGAGCUCCUGGUACUUGAGGACCAGUUGAGGUGGUCCGACUUCGACAGGAAGGAAGGGUUGGGGGAGGUGAAGAGAGUGGAAGAGAGGGAGGUGGUUGGGAGGCUCGGGAGCGAGAAAAGGGGUGGGGGUGGGGUUCUGGGUUUGGAAGGAAGGUUUUGGGGGGUGGGGACACAGGUCGAUGGGGAAGAUAGGAAGGGGAUCUGGAUCACUUAUAAAUCCAAUGGAGAUAUUGGGGUUAAUCAGUCUAAGUAUGUCAAAGAUCUUCUUCACAAGGCCGGUAUGGACUCCUGUAAACCCGCAUCAACACCAUGCAAACCUCAUACUCCUUUGCUUCUAAAUGAAGGAGAUCCUUUAUCAGAUCCUACUUUAUAUCGCAGUAUUGUUGGUUCACUGCAAUAUCUAACCUUUACACGGCCAGAUAUUGCAUAUGCAGUAAACACUGUGUGUCAAUUCAUGGCUAAACCAACUGAGGUCCAUUUUGGGGCAGUUAAAAGGAUAUUACGGUUUUUGAAAGGCACUAUGCAUCAUGGAAUCACAUUCUCCGCUCAUACAGAAGUGGGAAUUCAUGCAUUCAGUGAUGCAGAUUGGGCUGCGGAUUUGAAUACCAGGAGAUCUGUUACUGGUUAUGUGGUCUAUAUUGGAUGCAAUCCAGUUUCUUGGCAAUCGAAGAAACAGGAUUCUGUGUCCCGCAGUUCUACCGAAGCUGAAUAUAAGGCCUUGGCUCAUACAGCUGCUGAUAUAGCAUGGAUCAGAAGUGUGCUCAAAGAUAUGGCUGUCAUUUUUAAUUAUGCUCCUGUGAUCUAUUGUGACAACAAAUCGGCUAUUGCUAUAGUGCAAAUCCAGUAUUUCAUUCCAGGAUUAAGCACUUAG